GAUCAGGAACAUGAGCAGACAUCCCGAGUUUUUCGAGCUGGGCCGGGCCAGGCCCGGAGAGCAAAUGGGGAUGAUUACAAUGGCCUCACCCUCUAGGGCGGGACAGGACAGGGAGUCAGAGGGGGCGGGGCACACUUCCCUGAAGCCUCACCUCCUCAGCAUUCUUGUUCAUCUUGUUUCUCCAUCUCGUGGGGAGGGCCGAAGAAGUAGGGUGGAAGCAGGGUGUGAGGCACAGAGUGGAGGGAAGAAUGGAAGCACUUGCCUGCAUAGCUCUGUGUCUUUGGCCCUGACUUUGGCUUCCCAUCCAGACUCUAAUCAGGUCAGGGGGCACCCCCUGCCUGGAGGAGGACCCACUCUAGGAGACAGUGCCUACUUCAGCAGCAAAGCUCGACUCUCCUUUCGUCACCAGCUGCACGCCACAACUUCGGCCAACGACUCUACCAACUGAAGUCUGGUGGGGACUGACAACUCCUAGGUGGCCGGCAAAUCCUGACCUUACAUGUCCCACUUCUCAUUAAAUCUAUUCAUUGGUAGCCA